AUGAUUCAUCCGGGUGAUAAAGAUAAAAAGAAAAAUGAUCAGUCUGAUCACGAAUCAGAUUCAGAUGAUUCUGUUCCAGAAUUGGAAGAAAAGGAUGGGGCUAAGGCUUCUGGUGACAACCUCUCGAAGAGUAAGCAAUCAAGGAGUGAAAAGAAAGCACGAAAGGCAAUGUCCAAAUUAGGUCUAAAAAGCGUUCCUGGUAUCUGCCGCGUUACUAUUCGAAAAGCAAAAGCUAUAAUAUUUGUUAUUAGUCAGCCAGAGGUCUAUAAAUCGUCUGCGAGCGAUACUUAUAUCAUAUUUGGAGAGGCCAAGGUCGAAGAUAUGUCAGCUCAGGCUCAGCUCGCUGCUGCUGAAAAAUUCCGUUCUCAAAAUCUAAGUGGAGCAGCAGCCCCCACUGCUGCUUCAUUAUCUAAGGACCUCUCAAAUGUAUCAAAGCCUGAUAUAACAGGAUUAAGUGAAAAGGACAUCGAACUCAUAAUGGACCAAGCGAGCGUUUCCCGAAGAAAAGCCAUCAAAGCUCUUCGUGAAAACGAUAAUGAUAUGGUCAAUACGAUUAUGGUAAGCUUUUCAUCAGUACAUUUCCAUUUUAGUCUCUCACUGGAUAAUGUUUUUUGGACAUUCAAAAUCAUCUAUAUACACCAUUGUGGUAUAAAAUGGCUUUUUAUUCUCAUUUUACACCUGGGUAGUAUGGCCCUAAAAAAUUCCUCACAUGUUGGCUUUUGCCUUUGCUUCUUUAGUGGAUUUUAUAGAUUUACUUUGGUAUGGCCUUAUGCGAUUCCUUUUCUUACGCCUGCUUAUAAGCUCAUCUGUCAUAUAUAA